UAAAAAACAAUGUUUUCGCGAUAUAAUUAUUAAAAUUUUAGCAAAGGGGAUAUAAUGUACUUAGAGAGUGUGUCUAUUUUGAGAGAAGCGUCUAAUUAAUCUUGAACCAAAAACGUUGAAAUAGAAAUGGCGUCGGUUAUAGCAAAAGCGAGGCAGCAUCCAACACACAAAACUAUAUGUAAGCACCACCUGGCAGAAAUAGCAGUCAGAGAAAAGCAAAGCAGAAUACUCAACAGGAAAAAUAAAAUAAAAAGAAAGAAAGAAGGAAAAAAAGAAUAGAAUCCACUUGGCACCUGCGCUGCACACAUGAGAAUGUUUAACUCGAUUUCAUUUUCCCCACAUCUUCGUUCAAGGCACGUCGACCAACCGUGACGAUGAGGAUUCUCCACUUGAUUCUAAAAUCGAAAUCAACAAUAAGCCGGAGGAAGAGAGUAAGCGGAAGCUUAUUUCGAUGCUGAAAGAAUACGAAUGGGACAAGAAAGAUGAAUCUCAGGAAAAAGAAGCGAAUUGCCCGAAGGAUGUAGAAAGUGAAAGCGGCUCGAAUAAUGUCGGAGACAUAUGUCGAAUAUGUCACAUGGGAAAUUUUCCACCUCUACGUGUAAAUCGAACAUUAUGGGAAAGAAGAACUCAACAUAAUCGUCAAAUUGAUAUUCAAGCAUCAAGUGGAUCAAAUUUUUCUUACUUGGGUCCUUUAAUUUCCGCCUGCAAAUGUCGAGGAACUGUUGGUUUGGUUCACGUGGAGUGUCUUGAGAGAUGGCUGACUGAAUCUGGACACAGUAGGUGCGAAUUAUGCGGUCACAAAUUUUCUACAAAGAGAGUUCCGAGACACAGUGUUUAUCAGAGCAUUGGGAUUUGGUUUAAAACAGUUUUCGCAACUCGUCAGAUGAUGCUGGACAUUCUCUAUCUCGCCGCUACCACACCAUUGGCCCUGUUUUCAAUCUACGUUUGCGCUCUCGCCUUGAAAUUAAUAGUAAAAAGUGGAAUUUACGAAGUACCAUGGAUGGUAGUAGCAAUGCUACCAACAUGCUCAUUGACAUUGAUUGCCUACUGGGGCUGGCUCAUAACACUUGGAAGGUACAUCACCAGAUUUCACAGUAGAAGAUGGCAAACAUUUUGGAGGCACAAUUUUAUUGUGAGAUUGGUACCCGAAAAUGUCAAUGAAUUAAGAGAUGUAACGAGAGAUUCUGAUGAUUUGCCCGAUAAUGCAGAAGAAAUGGAGUUGGACCAGUGGCAAGAAGAGGAUAUCAGUAUUUUUUUGAACGUAAAUUAACGCUACAUACAUAUAUGAAAGUAAGAUAAGACAUCUUUUGCGCGAAUACUAAAGAUAUAUUCAUUCUACACUGGACUCACCCGCUUUGCAAACUUUAAAUAUGUAUAUACAUACACACAACACAGCGACUCGUUUGAUUGCAUUUCAUUAAAUUUACCCUUCCUUAAUCAUUCCGUUAAUUAAAGACCAUCGCUCGUGUACAGGAAAUAAUUUACGGAUGCGCAAAGAUGCUUUAACGUGUAAUACUGAUUGGUCAUAAAAAAACACCAUCGUGCAAAAAUUAUUCU